UGUUUUGAGCUUUUGGACGUUCCGUAGUUACAAGACGGUGAUCGUCUGCCUGCAAGCCGAAGCCGACUUAUUUCAAACACUGGAGUUUGACCUGUGUCGACUUAGUGAAACGAUGGAGGCUGAGUUCACGAAAGACCUGUGCACUCCAGUUUUCAUAGUCGACCUGGACACGGUGAAGAGGAAUGCCAGUGUGAUGCUGGAACGAUUUGAGAAGCUCGGAGUACAGCUACGCCCUCAUAUGAAAACGCAUAAAACAGCAGAGUGCGCAGACAUCAUGACAGGCGGAGCGAAGCGCUGCAUCGUGGUGUCCACUCUGGCCGAGGCAUCCUUUUAUGCCAACCACGGCUAUGACGACAUCCUGUAUGCCUACCCUCUACCUUUUGACAAGGUGGAGCGCUGCGCACUGCUGGCGGAGCGACUGUCCCUCUUCCACAUUCUGGUGGACAACAGCGCCGCCCUGGAGGAGCUUAAGAAGAGGCCACUGCAAAACGGCAAAGCAUGGCAUGUGUGGAUGAAGCUGGACUGUGACAAUGGCCGAGCUGGCAUCCCUUACUCCGAGCCAAGAGCUUUACAGCUGGCCAAGGACAUCGCCGAAACAGCGGGAGUGGAGCUGACUGGGGUCUAUGCCCACUGUGGGAACACAUAUGGUUGUCAAGGGGAGGAGCAGAUUAAGGCAGUUGCUCAGGAAACCACCACACUCACGCUGCAGUUCAUGGAUAAGCUUAAGGCAGCCGGGAUCCAUGGUGUAAAGUCCAGCAUUGGCUCAACUCCCUCCUGCAGCUGCCCUGUCACGGACAUGGCAAUGCUGAGUGAGGUGCACCCUGGGAAUUAUGUCUUUUAUGACGUGCAGCAGUCUCUGAUUGGCUCUUGCAGCCUAAACGAUGUGGCGGUGCGAGUGCUCACUAGGGUUAUAGGUCACUACCCUCACAGGAACCAGCUCCUGGUCGACUGUGGCUGGACAGCCCUUAGCCACGACGGAGGUGGGAAACUCCCCACAGGUUAUGCAGUCAUCGAGGGGCAUCCAGAGCUCAAACUGCUGUCUAUGACUCAGGAGCAUGGGCGAAUAGAGGCCAUGUCUGGGAAGUUAGAUUUCACUAAACAUCCCAUCGGCUCCAUGCUCUCCCUGAUGCCUUAUCAUGCCUGUGCCACUGCUAUGAUGCAUCCCAAGUAUUACGUUCAUUCUAAUGGAAAGAUAGUGGGGACAUGGACUCCUGCACGAGGGUGGUGAUGUUGAUGCUGUCACAUAAAAUACUCUGGGAUUAUCAUAGUAAAAAUGGUUCCUGUGAAGCAGCCAGCUAGGGAUUAUGACAUCACAAAUGAACUGGUAUUAUGACUUGGAAGUGCCGAUCAUGGUUUUAGCUUGGCCAUUCUGAAAUGUGUCAUGAGUAACAUAAUGAACACACAUUAAAGACAUACUGUAAAAGUCUUACAUAAACUAUACACUAAUACACUAUGUGUACACUAUAUAUACACUAUACACUAACUAACUUGCAACAAAUAUGAACAAUACUAACAAAAUGUGUCAAAUAAGAUGAUCACUAAUAUUCAAAAUGUGUUAUGAUUUAUUGUUGAUCUUGUAAUAAUGUUAUGGGGCACCCAUUGUGCUAACUGCAGAAAAUAUCACCAGAUGGCAGCAUAAGCCCUAUUGGUAAACUGAUGCUAAGAAAUACUUGAAUGAGAAAAGACACUAUAUGAACAUGUACUGUUUGGUGAAUUUACCUUGGGUAUCAGAUAUAAGAAAAAAUGAGCAACAGUCAUGUAAGCAGAUGAAGUGACAAGUGUUUAUUUUGUUUUUCUUUGCAUUAAAGGGGAUGUUCAUAGCACUGGAAACAUAUUUCAUUUUUAUUGCAGUUCU